AUGCCAGGUUCGAUCACAUUGAGUUUGGGAGGAUAUACAAUCGUCUUCGCCCUCACCGUUCUUCUUUUGGUCAGUUUUCUCUAAAUCAAUAUUGAAAAUUCAAGGUCAAUCCUUUUUCAGAUGGCGGUUUUAUUCGGGAUUUUCUUCUAUCGACAAAUACGAAGACUCCGAAACAAUAGUACACACAAGGAAAUCAAUAGCACGGUAGCAAAUGAGCUUAGAAAGGUUAGAUUUUUCUUCUCGAAGUUAUUUAUUCCUUUUUUAAAUCUAGAAGGCCAGAGAGAUCAUAAACAAGAAGGUAGAUGAUGUUUGGGCAUUUAAACUGUCGCACUUUCCACCGCUUACCGAUUGUCUGAUGAUAGCUGAGCGUAAGAAGCUAUUGUUUUUGCAUUUAUCUUUCUUUAGAUGCCAAUGCACCUCAUGUUUGUCGGAUGAUAGCAUUUGAUGAGGUGUUCCGAGAUGUGGAUCGCCAACUCGAGCUCAUCAAUCCGGAAGUUCUAAGGAAGCCGGGUGAAUCGACAUAUUCUUUUCUUACACGGGUUAAAAAGGAGCUAUUUCAAGAUUUGUCGGACUAUUUGAUUGCCAGGAUAGGUUAUCUUCAUGAAUGGUGUAGAUUCAGGACGGAUCAGGCAAGCUAUAAUUAAUUUAAAAAAUACUCUGUAUAAUUUUUUGCUUCUAAAGCAUAAGUUUACAGGAAUUUGGACCUGAACAGCUAUCAGAACUGCGCGAUCUCCUCAAAGAAUUUAUUAGACUGUGAGUCGACAGUUAAUUGCAAAUGUUUGCUUUGUUGAAAUUUCUAAUAUUAAUUCAAGCUUUUUUGAUCUGUGAAGUUAUGGUUUCCUAACGUUUCAGCUUGAACAACAAUCGUGCCACACUAACCUCGCUGAAUCUCGUAAUCUCCAAAAGUCGAUCUCUCGAGAAUAAGCCUCUUUUUAACGACAUAAAUCUCUCUUCAGGAUUCAUUCAGCCAUUAGAACAAAGUAAUCUGAGUAAAUGUCAAGAAGAGAUGCCUCUGCUGGGAGAAUACAAUGCUUUACAGCACAAGAAAAGAUAUUAG